AUGAAAAACCUUUAUGGUUAUUUUAUCAUCUCCAUUGCAAUCUCUAUUCUAAAUAUAAUUGCAUAAGUCGAAAUAAUUUAAAUCGUAAGACUGGCUUGUUGUGUUCUAAAUAUAAUUGCUAUAAGGAUCGAUAAAUUCGUGUUAUAUGGACUAACUUUAAAUAAGAUAAUAUUGUUUUUGGUUGGAGUGCUCACUUAAUAAAAUGAAAGCAUCUUUUAAAUUAUCCUCGAUGAUCAUUUCCUUCCCCCUUAAUUAAAUAAUAGACUGCUUAUACUCUUAUGGAAAGUUGUCAGUGGCUUAGCCUCCACGCUACUAGUCUGUUUGAAAUAUCAAAAUGAGGACCUUAUUACUCUCCCAGCAACAGUACUAAUACCAUUAAUGUAUUUCCUGCCGUAAUCUCAAUAACUUUUUGAAGAAUACUUCUCCUCUAAAAAUGAAAAAGAAUAAUUAUACUCAAGUCCUAGACCCCCAAUUACUAAAGAGUACUUUCGUAUUCGUUCCAGGGUUGAAGAAAUUGAAUUCAACCCCAUGACUUUAGAUUAAAAUAAUACUUUAGAUAUCAACUAAUUAAUGCGUCGCAUAGCAUCUAGUUAGGAUAGGUAAUUUGUACUAUAAGAGAUAAGCCUAUUUAACGAAUAAGUUUGGAAAUUAAGAAUGAACGCUAUGCCCAUAGGUAUAUGCAUAAUAAGCAACGAAAUUAAGCCAAAAUUUAUGAACAACACAUUAAUAAAUAUGAUAAAAAAGAACUUCAUUGAGUAGGGCGAUAAUAGCCUUGAAUAAAUAUACUCCCUGUUUAUGAAUCAACUUUAAUUCAAAAGAAUUGAUUAUGUAGGACCCUAUGAUUUACCUCAUUCAGCUAUAUUUAAGAAUGAAAGAUUUCACAUCAAAAAUCAAUAAUAACAAGGUUCAAGUCUGUUUGAAGAUGAAUAGUAUUGUUUGAAAGACCUAAUAUGUAAAAUAGAAGAAGGGUAGCUAGAUCGAUGCUUGAAUGAUGAGGAGUAAAUUAUUGAGCUAUUUUCUACUUUCGAAAGUCCAAAUAAUAAAAGGCAAGUGUUUUUCGAUUGUAGAGUUUUAUUUUAGGAGAAAUAAAAAAUCGACUAUAUGGUUAUAAUUUAGGAUGUUACCAAAUAAAAUGAAUUAUCAAAAUUGGAAGAAAAAAAUAAAUUCAAAACCAAAGUAGUGUAAUCAUUCUCGCAUGAAUUGCGAACUCCGUUAAAUAGCGCAACUAUAUUUUUGCAAACAGCAAUUGGAGAUACGAAAUUAGAUAGAUUAAUUAAGGACUAGUAUUUACAACCAUGUUUGGCGGCUUUAAAAUUAUAAAAUCAUUUAAUUAAUGAUAUCAUAGAUUUUAGUCAAAUAAAUGCAAAAUUAUUAGAUCUUAAAUUCAGUUAAUUUAAUUUAUAAAGGAUAAUUAAUGAAAUAACUGAAUAAUUUAAAUUUCAAUUCCAAUUUAAGAAAAUAGGUCUUGCCUUCGAAAUUAGCAGACCUAUGUCUCUCUUAACCUAAAUAAAAACAGAUUACUAAAGAUUAUUAUAAGUCUUAACAAAUAUCAUUUAAAACGCACUAACCUACUCAGAAACUGGGUAUGUGUUGGUGAGGAUAGACAGUUAUGAUCUAAAUGAGAUUGAAUUCUCAAUUUAGGAUGAAGGAAUAGGAUUAACAAUGAAAUAACUUACUUCAAUUAGAUAGAUAAUAAAUUAGGAACAAUAGACUACUACAAGAUCAUAAUAAUGGCAAGGAUUUGGACUGAUAAUUUGCUAGAUGUUGUUACGAUACUUAUCUCCAAUUAAUCGAAAUAGUGUUUAGAUUGAAUCAGAUGGUUAGGAUGCAGGAACUACUGUUAAGUUUAUUAUUUCAAAUCAUGUAUCAGCUUAAACAUAAGAAUAAGCGUAUGGUUAGUAAUCAAAGAAAUCGUUUUCAAGAAUGAGAAGCAUGCCUACUUUAAGAGCUGAAUAUGGAUUGUUGAUUAGCGUUAAAUCAAAAUCUCCAAGCAAAAUUUUAUUGUCAAAAACGAGGGAAUAGGAUGAAUGUGACUUAUCAAGUGCUUCAAUUAGAGAGAUAUCUGGUAAAAUACAUAGGUAUGAAUUGAAACAUUGUUCAAUUGAACUAUUAAACUAAAGAAAGUUUUCAUGCGUUACUCCACAAUAAAAAAGCAGCAUCUAAAGAAAUACUGCUAAUAAAUUAAGUAUUAGAUAAUCUUCAUAGUAACUGUCAUUCAAAGAGACUGGAUCAACUCUUCUGUGUUGUAAUACUAUUUUAAGUGUCGAUGAUGAGGUUUUUAACUAAAAAUCCCUACAAUUGCUUCUGGGCUAACAAGGAAUGAAUGUGGAUAUUGUAUUUAAUGGUAGGUAAGCAUUAGAGAAAGUCUAAAAUCCUACCAAAUGCUGCUCUACUUGUCCUGGCUAUAAGAUGAUUCUUAUGGAUUGUUAAAUGCCUAUAAUGGAUGGAUGGAAAACAACCGGGAUGCUAAUAUAAAUGAUGCAAAAUCAACAAAUACCUAAAAUUCCAAUCAUUGGCCUAACUGCGUUCACAAGUAAUGAAGAUAUGGAGAAAUGCAAAAAAGCCGGAAUGUUGCAUAUACUUCACAAACCACUAGACAUUUAAAAGUUUUAAUUCAUUUUAACAGAACUUCGUAUAAUUUGA